AUGUCGACUUUGACUUGGGGAAUCUCGCGCAAAGGAGAACUGACUCUUUUCAAUAGGGAUCCUCCAUCCUGUUUCUCGAAUAGAGUGGCUAGAGUGAGACGCUCAAAUACCUUGGAGGACAGGCGACUGCAGGACAAGUUACGCACUAUACACCUGGAACACUCAAUCAGAAAUGGUCAGAUCCACAAUGAGAAGAAAACAUUGGUGAGGCAGUUGAACGGAAUUCAUUCAGUGAAAGAAACUCCGGAGAUAGGAGUAGAAAGACGCAAACUACAGCAAGCAAAAGCUUCAGUUAAGAAGGGCAACGCACUACAUGGGAUCAAUACAACACCUCCAUACUCACAAGCUCUACUGCAGCCUCAGGGCAAGUUAUCAUCCACUGUCACGCACAAUGUAACGACAGGUGCUGUCACGCAAUACCCAAGUGCUGACUAUCGGAGUAGUUACACGGGUUACAGACUAAGAAAAUCACCAAUCAUAUCAAGAAGCACUGACUGGCUACUGCCACGAUCGCCUACAUAUCCCUUAUUUACCACAGGCAGUGAAUGGAGAGAAGCUUUAGGUAUUUUGUCCAGUAGUGAAGUACACAACUUGGACACUUCAAGCACCACGAAUGCUAAUGAGAGACAAAACAUGUUUCCAGCUAUAGACUACAGAUACCGUAAAUCUUCUCUCUAG